GCUCGGUUUGAGGCAAAAAUCCAUGACCUGCGCGAACAGAUGAUGAAUCACAGCAUGAGUUCUGGGUCCGGCUCCCUGAGGACUAAUCAGAAGAGGUCACUGUAUGUCAGAGCCAUGUUUGACUACGACAAGAGCAAAGAUAGUGGCCUCCCAAGCCAAGGACUCAGCUUUAAGUAUGGAGACAUUCUUCACGUCAUCAAUGCCUCGGACGAUGAAUGGUGGCAGGCGAGAAGGGUCACUCUGGAGGGAGACAGUGAGGAGAUGGGAGUUAUACCCAGCAAGAGGAGAGUUGAAAGAAAGGAGCGUGCACGUUUGAAGACGGUGAAAUUCAACGCAAAACCUGGUGUAAUUGACGCAAAAGGGUCAUUCAAUGACAAGCGUAAAAAGAACUUCAUCUUUUCACGAAAAUUCCCAUUCUACAAGAGCAAGGAGCAGAGUGAGCAGGAAACAAGUGAUGCAGAACAACAUGUUUCUUCUAAUGCCAGCGAUAGUGAAAGUAGCUACAGAGGCCAAGAAGACUGCAUCCUUUCUUAUGAACCUGUCACAAGACAGGAAAUUAAUUACACCAGGCCGGUUAUUAUUCUGGGCCCUAUGAAAGAUCGGAUCAACGAUGAUUUGAUAUCUGAAUUCCCUGAUAAGUUUGGGUCAUGCGUACCACAUACCACACGACCAAAGCGUGACUAUGAAGUGGAUGGGAGAGAUUAUCAUUUUGUCAUUUCAAGAGAGCAAAUGGAAAAAGAUAUCCAAGAGCACAAAUUUAUAGAAGCUGGGCAGUACAAUGAUAAUUUAUACGGAACUAGUGUCCAGUCUGUGAGAUUCGUGGCAGAAAGGGGCAAGCACUGUAUACUCGAUGUGUCAGGAAACGCUAUCAAACGACUACAAGUUGCACAACUCUAUCCCAUCGCUAUCUUCAUUAAGCCUAAAUCGUGGGAGCCUCUGAUGGAAAUGAAUAAACGUCUUACAGAGGAGCAAGCGAAGAAAACCUAUGAUCGAGCAAUUAAAUUAGAACAAGAAUUUGGAGAAUAUUUUACAGCUAUUGUCCAAGGAGAUAGCUUAGAAGAUAUAUAUAAUCAAUGCAAACUUGUAAUUGAAGAACAAUCUGGGCCUUUCAUCUGGAUUCCUUCAAAGGAAAAAUUAUAA